AUGUCCUCUCCGGACGCAGUGAACAACUGCACGGUGGAGAACGUGAGUUCGACGGGCGCGGCCGUGCGGUGCCAGGCGGGCUGGGACGGCGGGCUGGCGCAGACCUUCACCCUGUCCGUGAGUCACGCCCGCGCCCACACCCGCGGCCAGGACAAGAAGAACGAGGCGCCCCGAGUGCUGGCCAACACGUCGACGUCGCCGCGGCCCGAGUUCACGCUCACGGGUCUGCAGGCCGGCACCGAGUACGUGCUCACCAUCAUGGGCGUCAACAAGAAGGGCCAGAGCGACCCUGUCAGACUCAAGAUUUUCACCCUUAAGGAUAAAGCUGAGAAACGAACUAGCCCUGGAGUAGAAGGACUUGCUUUGGCACACAUCUUGGCUGUAGUCCUGGGCGUGGUGGUGACGCUGCUCCUGGUGGGCGUGGUCAUAGUGGUGGUGAUCAGGUCGCGGCGACGAGGCCCUCAGAGACCCGAGGUGAAGAUGGUUUACGAUAAGGGUUCCUCGGGGUCGCCUACAGGACGGGGUCAGGAAACCACCACGGACAGCGAGGAGGCGAACCCAGACGUCAUACCCGUUAAUGACGACCACCAAGUCCAGAAGACCGCAGGCGAGGAACUGACGGAGGCCAUGCCCGAGCCGGACUCCCACCACUCCCCCCCUCCUCCCCAGCCUUCUCAGAGCUCCCCCCAACUCCAACCAGACCUUCACCACGACCCCAGAGUGACUCCGGCCCUGCAGGAUUUCCCGAGCCAGGACAACCGCCUCUUAGAGUACCUGAAGGAGCGGGACAGAUCCUACUACAUGGAUCCAAGCACUAUACUUAGACAGGUGAGUUGUGUGGAUGAUUACAGAGCUAUACUCCUUCCCCAACCGCUCCCCUUCCCCCUUUCCAAUUUCCUUGGCGAGGGUGGGGGAGGGGGAGGGGAUGGUUCGAGUUUUAUUAUUUAAUAAUUUUUUUUUUUUUUUUUUUCAAAUUAUUUCGUUUUUUUUUCUAUUUUAAAUUUCCCUUUUCUGCUUUUAUUUUUCAUUUAUCAUUUCUAUAGACUUCUUGUAAUAUCUGUUCUGAUAAGCUUAUUUACAAUAAGGACUGUGUACCGUAUUGAUUUUAUGUUGCUUUGUCUAUGUCUCUCUGUAUUUCUAUCGGAAUAUCUAUAUGUAUAUCUAUCUUUUACAGUUUGCUCUCUCUAAAUAUAUCUCUGAAGAAAAGAGGC